CGAACGACCAGUUUUUGGCCCUUGUAAAGGCCCCCUCUUGCAGACCAGGGAGGGGUGAGUCCUAAGCCUUGCAAAUAUAACGCCGCAGCUGCAGUCACGCAACCGAGUGGGAUAAGUUGAUACAUGGUCGUAACCAAGGCUGUCUGGAAUCUACAAAAAGCAACUUCAUCAAUCAUACUGUCGAAAUCCUGCCUUGUCACCUUCGCUAGAAUCGCCUUGAGAGUUGAGUUGGCCUUGAAAGAAAAUUAUAUCUCCUAUUUUGAACUUGUCGACGUCCGCUGCGACCUGGGUAACUUCUCCAGCGAUAUCUGUUCCAAAUACAGUCUGGAACUCGGAUACAAAUGAAGCCGUGUACGUCAAGGAAUGCUAUAGAGUCUAAUCAUCCUGGCCAGAUAGUUAGAGAUGGGGGCUAAAGACUGGAAAUCCACUUUCCAAUCGACGGGGUUUACCGCCGCUAAGUGUAUUUUGACCCGAUCCCGCCCGGAUAGGGGCUGUGGAAUAAAGCGAGAUUUGAUGUG